UUUAAUGUCACAGACUUUCGUCAAGUCUUUCACUCAUCUCAAGGGGCGCCCUCAUGAAGCCCGUGCCCUGCAGUUCUUACAGACGGUGGCAUCCCUAGUCAAGCCAAUUAUGCGUAAGCAUGGAUGGACUCUCCCUGCUUUGUCUGAGUUCUUUCCCAGUAACCCAAGCCUUCUCGGCCUGAAUAUCAACGGGGGGCAGAAGAUCUUUCUACGACUAAGACCCGCCCACGCCCCCGAUACGUUCUACGACGAAGAUCAUGUCGUACGAACUAUGUUGCAUGAGCUCACACAUAAUGUCCAUGGUCCGCACGACGACAAAUUCUACAAGUUACUGGGAGAGUUGGAAGACGAGUACGAUGCGCUCCGGCGUUCUGGAUACGCUGGCGAAGGGUUCUUCAGCAAAGGGCAGCGUGUCGGGGCGAACGUGUCGCAUAACGUUCCGAUACACCUUGGGAGGGCCAAGGCCCUGGAAGCUGCUGAGAAACGCCGCAAGGUCGGUGAAAUGAUGAGCGGAGGCGGACGCCUGGGUGGAAAACCUGGCGCGUCGAAGUUGACUCCAAGGGAGGCUGCGGCUCAGGCUGCCGAGAGAAGAAAGCACGACGAGAUCGCAUGUGGAACCGGCAUUGAUGCGCAACGGGAAGCGGAGAAGGCUGCCAGAGAAAGCGUCAUGGACAAAGUAGUGAUCGACCUUACUGAGGAUUCAGAUGAAUUCACUCCUGUCGUGAGCUCGAUUGGCAGCGGGUCAUCUAUGAAGGUCGUUUCGAAUGAGGCCUCGUCAAGUCGGACAUUUUCUGACGCGCCAAGCUCGAAGAAACGGAGGGUAGAAUUCGUUCCAAUGGCCGACGUCGCAAAACAUGGUGAAUGGACUUGUCAUACUUGUACACUCGUCAAUCAACCGAUGGCUUUGCAAUGUGAUGCUUGUCUUUCGGAGCGACCACAGGACCACUCAAGAGGGUGGACUUGCAUGUCUUGCGGGGAAAGUGAUAAUCCCCACCAGUUUUGGUCGUGCAAGUUCUGCGGGAGCAUCAAGACAGAGAGCACUGCUGUAGGAUGAAUGAUUCGUUCAUAAUGUGGAUAUAUGAGCAUGUACAAUAUCUAGAUUCCG